AUGAAGAUCCUCCUGGUCUUCACCACCCACCUGGUCUUCACCACCCUCCUGCUUGACUUCUGGCGUCACCCCACCAGCCCAGGCCGCCUGGUCGACCUGCGGGUGCCCUUCCCCAGCCUCCAGCCUGUCAAAACCUUCCUGGAGUCCAAUAACAUCUCCUACAGCAUCAUGAUCGAGGACCUGCAGGAACUAUUGGAUGAGGAAAAGAAGACCAUGGAGAAGUCUAGGAGGGUCGAGAGGAGCAUCAGCACGUUUGAUUUUGCCUCCUACCACACAAUAGACGAGAUCUACGACUGGAUGGACGCGCUGGUGGAAAACCAUCCAGGCCUCAUUAGCAAGCUCCAGAUCGGGCAGAGCUACGAGAACAGAUCCCUCUAUGUGCUGAAGUUCAGCACCGGGGGGUCCCCCCGACCGGCCAUCUGGAUGGACACUGGGAUCCACUCACGGGAAUGGAUCACCCAAGCCACCGGCGUCUGGACGGCCAACAAGCUCGCUGAGGGGUACGGCCAGGACUCUACAGUCACCACCAUCCUGGACAACAUGGACAUCUUCCUGGAGAUAGUCACCAACCCCGAUGGCUUUGCCUUCACCCACAGCUCCAACCGCCUGUGGCGCAAGACGAGGUCCCUCAACGCCGGCUCCUGCUGCGUGGGCGUGGACCCCAACCGCAACUGGGACGCUGGUUUUGGAGGCUCCGGCUCCAGCGGCAACCCCUGUUCGGAGACGUACCGCGGCCCUUACCCCCACUCUGAGAGGGAGGUGAAAGCCAUCGUGGACUUCAUCCUUGGCCAUGGGAAUGUCAAAUCCGUCAUCUCCAUCCACAGCUACUCCCAGAUGCUGCUUUUCCCCUACGGCUACAAGACGGCGCCCGCGCCCGACCACCAGGAAUUGAACGAGCUGGCUAAAAAGGCAGUGAGGGACUUGGCCACCUUGUAUGGGACGAAAUACUCCUACGGCAGCGUGGCGGACACCAUCUACGUGGCAGCUGGCACCACCAUCGACUGGGCUUAUGAGAACGGGGUGAAAUACUCCUUCACCUUCGAGCUGAGGGACACGGGGCGUUACGGGUUCCUCCUGCCCAGCGCCCAGAUCAUCCCCACCGCCACCGAGACCUGGCCAGCACUGCUGGACAUCAUGCUCCACGUCCUGGAGCACCCCUACUGA